UUCCCAAACGGUUAAAAAAUUAGAAUUUUCUUGUUUUAUUUUUUUUAUUAGAUCUCCGGCCCAUUAUCGACCAGCCCGGCCCAACCCAUGUUGUUGAACUUAAUUGAUCAGAUGCCACGUGGAAGCGGGUCUCCAUAGUUGUUUCCUGCCAGGUCAUCUUUCUCUCUCUCAUCUUCUAGUUCGUUCUCGAGAUGAGAGCAACGCACCCUUCCACCAUUUAAAUGUUACCAACUCCCCUCCCCUUCAAAACCCUAGAGAGGAACACAGCACCCGCUCCCUGCCAUGGACUCCCAGAACAGGGCGCAGGACAUCGCCGCGUCCAUCCUCUCCGCCUCCGCCCCGCCCCAAAUCGACGCCGCCUGCUCCGCCGUGGAUGCCUUCCUCCGCCGCCACGCCUCCGACCAGAGUCGUGCCUUCUUCUCCAUUGCCUUCCCCUCCCUCAUCUGCCGCCUCUUCGGCUUCGACGACGUCCCUCCACCUUCCUCCGUUGCUGCCGCCCAACCCACCCGCCCUGCUUCCACUGCCUGGAUCGACCAGGCUGCGGCCGAUCUUACUCUCUCUAGACACCUCUUCUCACUUCUCUCUCCCGACGGCGUGUUGUUCUCCUCCAUCGCCGCGAUUGACCAACAAAAACUUGUCCGGUACGUGUUCCCCCUCGAGCGGUUGCCGGAGUGGAUUCGGUUUGUCCUUCAGACCGAUCGACCGUGCUCCGAAAUCUGUGAUCUAUGCCCACUUCUCAGUGGUAGAGUUAAGGAGGACCCAGUCCAUGGUUCUCCGUACCAUAUUGAGCUCAAUGCUUUUGAGUAUUAUUUAUUUUGGUUUGCCUACUACCCUGUUUGUAGAGGUAACAGUGAGAACUCUAGCCCCGAUGUGAUUCAGAAGAGCCGGACGUUCAGGUUGGAGAAUUGGACCUCGUCGCUUUCCGUUCUAUCUGGUGCUACUAGGAGACCUGGCCAGAAGUCGGGUGGUAAUUUGUAUCUCCAGCUUCUCUAUGCGUAUCUUAGAGCCUUCGUGCCAAAAGAUCAGCCAGAUUCCAGCCAGCCCUAUCGCAGUUCUCUACUUCACUAUUCUUUUAGCCAUGAUGACACCACUUUCCUGCAGGCUGAAUUUAUGGUUGAUACUUUUGCUCACUUUUGGAUGCUUGAUAAUGAUUUUUCACCCCUCCAAUUGAAGUUCUGCCGCUCUUUUGGUUUGACCUUUCCAUUCAGGGCACUGCUAAGGGGCACUCCUCCUACCCCUGGUCUAGGAGAUUCGCUGAAGUUGAUUGUGAAGUAUUUGAACUACAAUCCAACUGAUGCUGGUGGAGGCAACGAGAACAGUGCGUCUGGUGAAAGUCCUAUCCUAAAGAGAUCGCAGAAUGUUGUUAACUCAAAGAAUAUGAUGCUUUAUUGCAAGAAUUCAGUUGUUUCUUGGAAUGAAAUGAUACAGAGACCUUUAUAUAGGUUUAUACUGAGGAGUUUUCUUUUUGGUCCAAUUGGGUCUUUCAUAAAGAAUGCUUCACAAGUGUUCUAUUUGUGGAUGGCAUAUCUUGAGCCAUGGAAGAUUAGUCCAGAUGAUUUUUCUGAAUUUGAAUUUGGAGAAAGAAAGGAUUUAGAAAAUAAAGGCAAAGAAAACAUGGACAAAAAAACCAGUGGCAAGGAUGCGAACUGUAUGGAAUUACACUAUUCACCAGGUUUUGAAAGUUAUGUUUUAUCAAAUUAUCUGUUCUACAGUUCAUUGGUUGUUCACUUUCUUGGGUUUGCCCACAAGUUUCUCCAUACAAAUCCAGAUUCAGUUAUCCAGAUGGUGCUGAAGGUAUUAGACAUUAUGACUGCAUCCAAACUACUGCUGGACCUUCUUCAGAAAGUUAGUGUUGCUUACCAUUCCAAACCAGUCGGUGCUGCUGUAUAUUCUUCUAAUGACAUGCAGAAAUAUGUAUCAUCCAUCCAUGAACAAUUGCAGGAUUGGGAGGAUGGCCUUUAUGAGACUGAAGCAGAUGGAUCUUUCUUACAUGAGAACUGGAACCAUGAAUUGAAACUUUUCAGUGACAGUGAAGAUGGAGCACAUAACCUACUUCAGUUAUUCAUGCUACGGGCUGAACAUGAGAUCCAAAUGUCUUCUGGGGACGUAUCCAGUAACAUGCAGGCUUUGGAUGCAAUUAGAUCAAAGAUGUUUGUUCUUUUCGGCAUCUCAGCUAGGAAAUCUGCCUCGCUUACACUUACGACCUCUCAGACUCAUGAUAUCCAUCAUGCACGAAAUGAGUUAUUCACUCCCAAGCACCCAGGUGUCGGAGAACGUUCCUGGUCCAAUUUAAAAUAUAAAGGCGAUUGGAUGCGGCGGCCAAUCUCUGACACUGAAGUGGCAUGGUUAGCAAACCUGUUGAUCAGAUUCUCUAAUUGGUUGAACGAGCUUCUUGGUCUUAACCAUGUCGAUGAGGGCAACUUGACCAGCACAACCAGCCCAACCAUUGUGCAUUUAAGUAGCAAUGAAGUGCGUAACUUGGAGGGACCAAAGGAAGCAAUAACCAUGUUGUUGGAGCUCGUCGGUUCGUUGUUCAGUCUGUUUGGUAAUGUAAUAGUGAAGUUCUUGAGAUCACAUAAGAUGAGGAUCAACUUGAGGGUGUUGGCCUCCAAGAAAUUCGCAAUGCUGCUGCUGCUAUAUUUUAUUUUCUGUCUGCUGAAGAAGCUCUUCUCUGCGGUUUUUGUAGCCAACCCUUGAGACACUUCUCCAUGAAAUCCAUCUCACACGGUUAAUGUAGCCUUUGACGCAUCACGGAAGUAAACUAAAUGUGUACAGUCAUACACAUACAUGAUACAUGCAUACCUACUUAAAAUAUCAUGAAAAGUUCACACGAGGUUUGUGUCAUUUCAGUUUUCUGAAUUGAACUCUGGUGUUUCAUUUGUUCAGUACUCACUGAAAUGGUGUUGUGUUGAUGAUAAAAUGCAUAUCCAAGUCCUCACCGCCUGUAAUGUGCCGCCGCCGCUUGUACUGCAGAAGCUGAUGAGGCUGCCGCCGCCGAUGGUCCUGCAGAAGCUGACGAGGCUUGGACGUCGUCGACGAGGUGAAGGACAGACCUGGCUUGUGAUAGAUCAUUAAGGCGUGUACCUAGGGCUUUAAUAAAAUUGGGUCUAUUAUUUUACAAAAUUUUUGAAAAGCUGCUAUUAUUUUCACAAAAUCUAUAAUUGGUGAGCAUUAAUAGAUC